AUGCACCUCAAGCACCUCCUCCAGCUCUCUCUCCUCCCAGCCCUGGUGGCCUCCCACCCCGGCCACGAGGAGACGCCAGCAACCCGCUCGCUGCUCAACUACAAGUCGCACCUCCGCCGCAGCCUGGACGCCUGCGCCCGCUCCCUCGACGAGUCGGGCCUGACCGCACGCGCCGUCUCCCGCCGCGCCCAACUCGCCAACAGCUACCGCAAGCACCGCCUCACCGCGCGCGACACCUCCGACGUACUCACAACCUCCCACCUCUCCAACACAUCCUACACGCUGUCGACCGAUGAGUCCGAGAUCUUCAGCGCAGCCAGCACCUGCACGCUCAACCCGGAAGGCGAAACCGGCCCGUUCUGGGUAAACGGCGAGCUGGUCCGGACCGACAUCCUGGAAGACGAGCCGGGCGUCCCCGUCGUGCUCGAGUACCAGUUCGUCGACGUCUCGACCUGCGCGCCGAUCGUGGAUCUCUACGCCGACACCUGGAGCUGCAACGCAACGGGCGUGUACUCCGGCGUGCAGGGGAACAACGGCAACGCCGACGACGCGAGCAUUCUCACAAAGACCUUCCUCCGUGGCGUCGGCAAGACAGACGACGAGGGCGUCGUGGCUUUCAGGACGCUCUUCCCGGGCCACUACGCCGGCCGCACGACGCACCACCACAUCAUCGCCCAUCUGAACGCGACCCUCCUCCCGAACAACACGCUGACCGGCGGCUCGGUCCCGCAUAUCGGGCAGCUGUUCUGGGACCAGGAUCUCAUUUACGCGGUUGAGGACACGGAGCCGUACGCCUCCAACUCGGUGGCUAUUACGACGAAUGCAGAGGACCGCGUGUUUAGCGAUGAGACGAGCGGGACGAGCUCCGACCCUGUCUUCAACUAUGUUUAUCUUGGGGAUGAGCUGGAGGAUGGAUUGUUGGGCUGGGUGACUGUUGCGGUUGAUCUGUCGGCCGAGUACUCGCCUGCGUACAGCUUCGUCUGGACCGACAGUGGCAGCGAGGCGGUAUCCGGUCACGGCGAUGACAAUGUGAAUGGCGGCGGUGGCCCUGGCGAGUCUGGAGCUCCCGGUGGUGCGCCUACGGGUGUUCCUACCGGUGCUCCUGGAUUCUAG